GUUUUCUGCAUUGGAAAAGCAGCCUGUAUCUGUUUCUUUGGAAAGAGUUCCACAGGGAUACAAACAUGAGCAGAAAUAGGGAGAGAGUCAUUGAAACAGUGGACAACUCUGUUUUACAGAGUGAAAAGAUUCCCCCAGAAAGCAUGCUAUUUUCCUACAGAGGUAUUUCAUUCCCUGUUACACUUACUAGCCCAGAAACUUUGGAAGCUCUGAAAUCCUUUGAAACCCGGAGCGACGAUGUGAUUCUAACAGGCUAUCCUAAAACAGGAACCAACUGGCUUGGUACAAUUUUGACUGAGCUAGAUUCUGCAGAUGCCAAAUACACAGAAGAAGAAGUGGAAGAGAGAAUAAAUGCUGAAAAGAAGCUAGAGAUAUUUCCACGUCUAGAAUUUGGAGAUCCUGGGGUAUUUGAGAGGAUGAAGAAACUGCCUUCAAGAAGAAUUAUACAAACCCAUCUGCCACCUCAUCUCCUUCCACCGUCCAUGUUCCAAAACAAGGCUAAGAUUCUUCUGCUGCUUCGGAACCCCAAAGACACAGCUGUCUCCUAUUACCACUUCUACAACAACAUGCCACAGCUGCCGUCCUUUGCCUCCUGGGAUGAGUACUUUGCAGCCUUCAUGCAGGGGAAAUUGACCUGGGGAUCCUAUUUUGACCAUUCAGUGGAAUGGAACAAAUACAUCGACCAUGAGAAGAUCAUGAUGAUAAGCUACGAGGAACUCAAAGAGGACCAGGUGCUGGGAAUGAAGAAGAUUGCUGCCUUCUUUGGAUUCUCCCUGUGUGAGGAAGAUUUUUCUAGAAUUGCCAAGAAGACUACUUUUCAAGCUAUGAAAGAAAAAUCCAUGGAAACCCAUGGAAAGCUUGGGCAUGCCCUCUUCCGCAAGGGGGUUGUUGGAAACUGGAGAGACUUCUUCUCUAAAGCUCAGAAUGAAGAAAUGGACAAAAAAUUUGAAGACUGCCUAGGAGGAACGAAGCUGGCAGCAAAGGUGAAUUAUGAUGUGUACUGCAAGGCCUGAAAAUAAGCAGAUGAGCAGCAUGACAGCAAGUUGUGCUCCAGAGAUGAUUCUUCAAAGGUGGACAGUCCCCAUGUUUCCUUUUCAUGAGAAAAGAGAGAAACCCCUCAGAGAUCUACCUGGUACCUCCAAGCCAAGUGGUAAUUCUUAAGGAUGUGCCGGGCCUCGGGCAUGUGCUUUGCUUGAUGCAAUCAAAUAAAAUGUGUGUAUGCCUCGA